AUGGAGCGCAGACUGACAAAUGAUGAAGUAUCGUUAAGUAAGAGGUCACAGACAGUAAGCAUCUGUCCGUCUGAAGAUCCUAGCCCAGUGUGCCCUCCACCAAGGCAAGGGAGAAUGGCUUCAAGGAUUGCACAGGAAAGAGUGACAAAGAGUUUUAAGGAAAGCACAAAACGUAAGUUAAGACGGCCGUCUACCCCUGAAGAGAUCUAUACAGUCAAAAAGACAAGAGCCACAAGGCAAAUGGAUAAAUCCAAAAAUUUUGAACUUGAACAGUGUACCUUAGCAGCAAAGGUGGAUGUAACUAUUGGGAAACAAGAUCCAGAUAGGAGCAGUAGCAUAGGGAAAAAAUUGAUAUAUACUUCAUCUGAUGAAAAUGAUAAGACUGAUAUAGUUUCUCUAAAAGUAGAACAAAAUGAAGCUACUAAAAUUGACAAAGAUGAGAAAUGUAGUAGCUCAGAGGAUAAUCAAAGUAGCCCAAAGAAAAAUUCAGUAUCCUUGGCCUCAACACAGAACAGAGACAGCGGAAUAGAGGAAUGUCAUGAGGAGCUGAUUUUGAAAAGAAAGAGUAUUGUAGAAGUAUCUAAUACUUCUCGGAGCAGGAAUGACAACACAAUUUUAUCUAAAACUUUAAAUGAUUUAGGAAUAUAUGAAGUCAGAAGUGAAAAGGAUGACUUAGGCUCUCAGUCAGAUCCUGUUCCUAAAAGCCAUGCAGGUCACACAAAACAGAAAAUUGAAUCAAGUUCCCAAAACUUUCCAGUUCCUAAACCCAGAACAACACGUACUAAACAGCGUAUUGAGUCCAGGACAGACACAGAUGAUAGCGACAGUGGUGUAAAUAUAGUCACAUGCAUAAAUCCUCAGAAUCAAAAUUCUGAAAACAUUAACAAACAAUGUAUUGAAGAUAUGCGCCCACCCCCAGAAAUCCCCAAGGUACGAUCCACCCGAACUAAGAGGAAGCAAGAUGAGUCUUCUAGUGCUACUUGUUUUGAACUUCCCAAUAGUAGCUUGAAGGUAACCAGUGAACAUUCUUCAUCAGACACAGAAUUAGUAGAUGGAAACACUUCUUCGCAAUCUACAGAUUCAUUUAUUCCUCCUGAAGCUCCAAAGAUGAGAUCAACACGCACUAAGAAAAAACAAAUGACGGAUUAUAAUUCAGAGGGAGCGGAGAUUGAAGAACCAAAACCACGGUCAACACGCACUAAAAAGAAAAUGGAAGAAUUGUCAAAGACUGAAAGUGCUGGAGAUGUGGUGAUACAGAGUGAAAAUGAAAUGUCAGAUUCCAGUUCAAGAUCUACUCGAACAAAGAAGCGGCAAGCAGAACAAGAAAUGAAUCAACCUUCACGAUCAACAAGAACAAAACGGAAGAAGUUUGAGGAGGAGAGGGGUAGUGAAUCUGAUAAAGAAAAUUCUGCAUGCUCAUCUGAUUCUGUUCAGGCAAACAAUUAUCCUUGUAGUCCUGGGUCAAAGGCUGUUAGAAUUAUUCAAAAAUACCAGGCUACCACAAGAAUUUUAACCUCUUCUGAUGAUGGUAACUCUUUAUCAAAACCAAUAGAAGCUAAAAGCACUACAAAUCAGCGUUUAACACGCUCUAAAAUUAGACAGGUUCCUGUUUCUAAAGAAACCCCUAAAAAGGAUUCUGCAUUUAAUGUUAAAAAUUGUAGAUCUCCUGCUUCCAAGCUGGAUUUUCAACGAGAUUGCUGUUCACCUAAGUCAGAGAGUGGAACACCAAAAUCUAAGCAACAGAUGGUAUCUAGAGUAGCCAGUCCUUUACGAUUUUCGCCUCGUCCAAAUAACAGUGAUAAAGAUGGUCGUCUUGGGCUUAUCAACAGAGCACCUUUCCAUAAAGAUAUUUUAAAGGAGGUGGAGGAGAUUCCAUGUGACCAAAUAGAGGUUAUUCGUUCUCCAGUAAGGGUCACACGUCACUCCGGAGGUAAAGCAGUAAAGCGGGAGAGCUCAACUAGACGAUCUGCCCGCCAGAGUUUAAAUCGGGCUAAGAAGAUAGCAAUUCGAUUGAGUAAGGAAAAGUUGGAGACUCCAGAUUCCAGAAGGGAGGGCCAGAAUAAAUCCUCAAGCAAAAACUCCAUCUCCUCAAUUGUACGUCCAAAAAUGGGGCGGGAAGUUAUGAGUGGUAAUUCUACAUUUGGAAGUUCAGGUCGUAUAACACCAAAGACAUACUCAAGAAUUCGGCUUGGCUUAGUGAACUCUGCCUCAUCAUCUUCAACAGAGUAUCGAAAAACUCAAAAGAAAAUGAACACUCCUAUUGAAGCUAACAGAACUAAAAAUAUUGGUAACAUUGUCACUGGAGUCACAAGUUUCAUCAAAAUCCAAGCACCUAAGCCAACACAGGAAGAUUUAGAGGCUAAGAAGCAGUUGGAAAUGCAGAAGAAAAGGGAGCGCGAGGAAGAAAUUAGGAAGAAAAAAGAGGAGUUAAUGAAAUCUCGAGCAGAAAUCCAGAAGCGGUAAGUCAUCGAGCGAAUGAGACGAUCUAGAGAGGCUCGGGAAGAGAAUGAAAGAAAAGCAGGAGAGGCUAAAGAACUCCAGAAAGCAGAAAGGAAGCAGCGAGAGGAGCGACUAAAAGAAGAGCAGCAAAAGAAAAAACACCUCAUGUUAGCUAAGAAGCAGGCUGAGGAAGAAUCCAAAGCUCGAAAAAUUAAAGAACAGAUGGAAGAGAAGCGAAAACUUGAAGAGAAAAGGUUAGCAGAUGAAGUGCGAAAAGCUGAGGAGGAGGCAAGGAGAAUUGAGGAAGAAAGAAUAGCAGAGGAGCAAAGGCUUCAAGAAGAAGAAAAAAGGAAGAAGAGGGUAGCAGAGGUUGAGCGCAUAGCUCGUGAAAGGAAAGAAUUAGAGCAAUUGAAACUACGCGAGGCAGAAAGACUGGCAGCAGCAAAGAAAGCUGCAGCAGUCCAGAUGAUGACGACAAAUUCUCACUUCAGAAUGUUUCUGAAGGGAAUUCUUUGGCAAGCAACUUCAAGUGUUCUCAUUAUCAUCUCUUGGGCCUCUGAUGCUGUCCUUGCUUUUCAUAUAGUAUAUAAAUCCAUUGUUUUUAAUAUCACAGCCCUAAAAUUUUAUAGCAUCUCUAAUUUGAUGGAAUCUGGAUUAGAGCAACCAGAGACUACAAGCUGA